AUGUCGUCAACAAGAACGAUGUGCAACUCUGGACGAUGUGAAGUGACUGCUGUGUUUUUUCCUCCAGCUCAGUGGUGUUACCAGAGCCAGUACUGUGAUGACACAUGCAAAGAUCCAAGCAGCUGGGAAACGUUGUUUCCCCGCUGUGGAGGAUUACGCCAGUCACCGAUUAACAUCGUCACAAAUAAAGUGCACGUCAACAACGCCCUGCCACCCCUCAAGUUCAUCGGUCACACCGACCCAAUCAACAUCACCGUGACAAACAAAGGACACUCUGCUCACUUUGCUCUGCCACAGUCCGUGCGGCUGACCGGAGGAGCUCUGCCGGGUCACUACAGAGCCGCCCAGUUCCACUUCCACUGGGGCAGGACCGGGAGACCGGGUUCAGAGCACACCAUUGACGGAGAAAGAUUCCCCAUGGAGCUGCACAUAGUCCACAUCAAAGAGCCAUACGGCUCUCUGGCCGAGGCCCAGCAUGAUAUGGCGGGUAUCGCUCUGCUCGCCUUCCUCUUUGAGGAAACAACAGAUGAUAAUCCUUCCUUGGACACAAUAAUCGCUGCUCUGGGCAGAGUGCAAAACAAUGGAAGCACCACAGUGAUCUCAAACUUCCGCAUCAAUGACUUCAUCCCAGCGUCCAAGGACCUUCACAGUUACUACCGCUACGUGGGCUCGAUGACGACUCCAGGAUGUGAGCAGGCAGUAGCCUGGACGUUGUUUCACAAGACGCUGGCCAUCAGCAGCAAACAGCUGGAUGCAGUGGUUAAGCAGUGUCGGUUCUGGACAGGAAUGCCCAUGACGGACAUCUUCAGACCCACGCAGCCUCUGGAUGGCAGAGUCGUGUACCGCACCAGAGCGGGAGCAGCACAGAGGAGCGUAAUCCAUCUGUGGUUCAAUGUUUUCUCCGUCGUCCUCGUGACCACGGCUCUCAUUCACUAA